CGAGUGUGUUUGGCUGCCCCGUCCUCGACUAUCAUCAUGGCCAGCGUCCGUCUCCGGCCCGUCAACCAGCAGCCCACAUCGCCUUCGUCCACCACAUUAUCGCAGUCGUCCUCUCCCCGCGAGCUCGCUGAUCAAUCGCCGGGUCCUUCAGUCAUGUUCGCCCCUCCUACGACCCCAUCUGGCGGACACCGGCGCCCGCUCUCUCCCGGUACCCUCCGAGGUAUUCAGUACCAGGGAUCUGGCGCGCAUCAUCGGCCUGAUCAUCGCAUACCACGACUAGAUCUCGAUCUCUCCAGUAAUGCGAGCCUUGCUUUGAGGGGCUAUCCUCCGCCACCCACAGGUACAUACAACUUUCGCAUUUUUAUCCUACGAAGCAUCGUGUCCGAUCCUAUACGCAGGCCAUGAUCUCAUGGCGAUGUUUCCUCCAUCACCGCCGACGUUCUCGGAGAUACGACCCAGUUCGAGCGGUAUUUUUUCGCGACAGGAACGCGCUUUCUUUGCUCAAGCCGGGAAGGAGAUCGUCCGAGUGCGGGUGGAGGUCGACUACGGCAGAGACGCCAU